AUAUUAACAUUUCAUAUCUCAAAAAUAAGUAUGGCUGAACCGCAGCAGCAGCCAAAAUCGCUGCUGGACUCGGGGUGGUACAAUACGCUGCGCUACAAUGUGAUUCCACCACUGUUCGUCCUGGUCUUCACAGGAGCUGUCCAGUGGCUUGGCCUGCUGGGACGGACUCCCUGCCCAUUUGAUCGCGAGCAGUGCCCCAGGCUUCUUGGAAACACGGAAUCAUGGAUCAUUACGGGCGCAUUUAUAUUUUGGGUAUUCAUUUGGCUUUGGAUUCCGGACAAAAAGUUCAAAGGACCCAUUUCACCUGAGGGAGAAGAACCCGAGUACCAAGACAAUGGAUUUCAGUUUUACGUGGCGACCUGCGUUUUAUACUGCGCUUUGCAGUACAUGAAUCCAGAUUUGAGCCCAAUUAUAGUCAUCAACUUUCCAGACAUUUUAGCCUGCCUGAGUUUAUUUGCUCUACUUCUUUGCAUCUGGCUCUGUGUUAAUGGAAGACUUAUCAAAGGAAAAGUUCAGGAAGGUGCUCCAUUCUUCUACGACUUUUACCGAGGAUGUGAACGGCACCCUAAGUUUCUAGGCUGUGACGCAAAGCAAUUGACGGUCAGCAGAAUUGGAAUGACCUUGUGGCAGGUCCUGGUUUUGGCAGCAUUUUUCUCCGGUCCCAUCCGUGCGCCUGAAGUUGUUUCUUGUGCGAUCCAGUCAAUUUACAUAGCAAAAUUUUUCUGGUGGGAAAACGGCUACUACACAACUUUGGACAUCACCUACGACCGAGCUGGCUACUACCUCUGCUGGGGAGGCUGUGUUUGGAUCCCAGCCCUUUUCCCUCUCAGCCAGAUGUACAUGGCCCACAAUUAUUCAACCCUUUCAUCUUUUGGCGCUGCUCUUGUGUUCGUGAUUGGAGCUUUGGCAACGGCUCUCGAAUACCUAAUAGACCGAGAAAAGGAAAUUUUCGUUGCUUGGAGGCAAAACUUCAUCAAGAGGAAAGCUAAGCCCUAUCAGUUGUGGGGAAAGCAAGUUGAGUUUCUCGAAGUGUUCUAUACUGACCACAAAGGUGUGCCAAUGAAGUCUGCCCUUUUGACCUCAGGGUAUUGGGGUAAAGCCCGCCACUUAAAUUACACUUGCGAGCUGGUUUGCGCUUUGAUGUGCUGCGUCACUGCGGCAUUUGGGCAAAGCUGGAUUUUCCCUUUGCUUUAUUUCUACUUCAUAGCUGCACUGAUUCCCCACAGAAUUUUAAGAGAUGAAGACAAGUGCAGAAAGAAAUAUGGGAAGUACUGGGAUGAAUAUUGCAAGAAAGUCCCUUACAGACUGAUUCCUGGUUUGUUUUAAAUAAAAUAUCGUUAUUUUUCCCA